AUGAGAAGCAUUUCAAGCACUGUUUUUGAGCACCUGGAAGGACUUUCUCAAAUGUUCAGUGACUGUUAUCCACCAGAAGAAGACUUGCGUCUGGGAAAUUGGUGGAUAAUUAAUCCUUUUAUGUAUCACCGAAAUAGUAAUCUCAAGGACUUCGAAGAAGAAAAACUAGCACAGUUAUCUUCAGAUUUAGAAUUAAAAUCAAAAGCCCUGUUCGAGCAGUUCGCUGAGGUGUUCCCGUUGAAGGUGUUCGGCUACCAGCCAGAUCCCAUGAGCUACCAAGUGACUGUAGGCUGGUUGGAACUGCUGGCUGGGUUGCUGCUGGCCCUGGGCCCACCAAAGCUGCAAGAGAUCAGUAACUUUCUCUUGAUCGUGCUCAUGAUGGGGUCCAUCUUCACGUUGGUGUCUCUGAAGGAGUCACUGAACACCUGCAUCCCGGCUGUCGUCUGCCUGGCGCUCCUGGUGCUGCUGGAUAUCUGCCAGUUCUUAGUCAGAACUGGGAAGGUGGUCAGACCCAUAAGGAAGAAGAGGCCAAGUUCGGCCAAGGGAUCCUGAGAGUAGAGGACCUCUUGCCUCUCGGUGCCAUGUCACUGUCACAGCAGGCACACAGAGGGACACAGAGUCCACCACCUUGUUACCGAUACAAUACCUCCAGGGUCAAAGUAUGGCCAUUGUUGAAAUAGACAUCUUGCCUACCUGGGCCUACUUUCUCUCUUGGACAUCUACUGCUCUUUUUGAUGUCUACUAGCAUUCCUCUUGUCAUGUGAAAAUAAGCAGAAAAGAAAUUUAACCCACAAGGUUAAUGCCCCCAAAUAACUAUUUUCAAGUCCUUUGUUUAACUGUACUUUUCAACUUUUUUCUAUGCUUCUAUACAGAUUUUAAAAAAUGAACAUGAGACCAUAUGUACUAUUUUCUUACUGGCUUUUGAAAGCUAAUACACCAUGCCUGUUUGACCUUGUUGCUGAUGCCUGUGUAUGUGCCGUUGUAAGGUUGUACUGUAAUGCAUUUACUCAUGUCCCCAUGCGGGAACAUUUGGAUUGUUUCCAAUUUUUUGCUGUUGUAAAACCUCACAGUGAAUCACCUUUGCACACCUAUUUUCCUUCCCUAGAAGUGUCAGUGCUGGUUCAACAGGCAUGCACGUUUGUAAGGCUUUUAUCACGUACACAUUGAGUGUGGCAGAGUACAAGUGCGUGCUUCUGCCUGCGCCCUUCCGAGCCACAUGAAGUAUUCCCUUCUGUUUCUUCUUAUCUUGGGCACUUUUGCUCUGCAGAACGAACCGAGGACCUGAAGCUGCCAGCCUCUGGCGGUGAGGUGGGGCACUCAGUGCGGUGCUCCUUGGAACGACAUGGAGGCAGGGGACAGUCAGCUCCAAGGGGUGCUGCCUGUUAAAGCUGUGCCAGAAGCCGGGGUGAGUCCCAGAGGUCCUAGGGAGUUAGAAGGAUGUGAGUGUGGCCAGGCUCAAGGAACAGUGACCAUGUUAGGGCACCUCUGUCACAUUACCGACCAUCUUUACCUCAUACACACACACACACACACACACACACACACACACACACACAUUAGUGCACACACUGGUAUAGAGUGUCAAAACAAUAAGGAAGCUGUCACAUAAGAGAUCCAGAGAUAACAUAGAUUCAAUGUAGGCUGCCUUAUGAUGACAUCAAAUACUUUUUUUUUUCCAACUUUCUGCUCUGCUUUCAAUGCACUGGCUACUGCCCUCAGGGAUGCAUAAUAGUUGCAGCAGCUCCAGAGUGCACAUUUGCACAUAACAUCCCAAGGUGAAAAGAAAGAGGAAAGCUCUCUUAGAAGACCCCUAGGUUUCCCCUCACACCCCACUGGUCAGAAUUAUGUCACAUUUUCAUUACGAGACCAAUCAGCAGCAAGGAGGAUGGACUUCCCAUGAUGGAAUUAAACUAGUUAAGAUCUACCACACUGGUCAGCAAGGGAGGGGGUAGAAAACGGUUUCUGCGGCUUCCUAGCUUAUUUGCAGAAUAUGUUUAAUAAUGGUAAAUAUUUCUCAGAGUUGCUGUGGGGAUUUAGUGGGUUGAAGUGUUUACAGUAGUGCCUGGCACAUAAUAAGUGUUCAGUAAACACUAUUAUUAAAUACUGCUGGUUCUACCGAUGAGAAAACGGAUUCAGAAAGCUUAAGUGCCCAUGUGUCAGAUCUGAGACUAGAAUUAAGGCCUGAUUGACUCCAGAAUGCACAAUUUCCACUGCACCAGCUGCCAAAGUCGGAAGUGGGCAGGCAGGGCGCUCCCGCUCUCUUCAACUUGAGGGUACAUGGGAUCAUCUGCCCAAUGUGAUUAAGUCUGCCUUGCUUUCCAGAAUUGCCCUCUGCAUGAAAAUGUUAAGCUCAUGAAAGUAGAGCCUGAAGCCCCUAGAAUCCUGGCUCCUUAUCAUCUCCACCCCUCCCAGGCUGCCAGGACUUGGAGUAAAACCUCUCACAGCUGGCAUAGGCUGAGGACUCCUGUUUACCAAGGCUUGACCUGUAAGCUGAUUAGUUGCUACAGGGCCCCCACGCCUGGCUGUGGGAAAGGCAGGGUGUGGAGGAGUGGGCUGGCCAGCUGGUGAGGAGGAGCAAUUAGAAUUGACAGC